AUGUCCAAUUUAAAACAACUUGAUCAAUACAAAAAUGAAAUUUCAACAUUCUUGGAGAAAUUUGAUGAUAUCAAUGUUUUUAUUCAAAACGCCACAAAACCAUUUGACGAAAAAUCUCCUCUUUUUGACUGUGUAUUUGAUGACAAUGACACGGACAAGAUGACAAUUGAAGAAAUAUCACAAAGAAAUUUGAAAUAUGAUGAAACUAUAAACAAUAAAAUAAUAUCUUUAGAAAGUUAUUUUGACAAAGUUCAAGAAGCAAUUGUAAAGAGAAAAUAUGUUUUUUCUUUUAUUGAAGAGCAAACAACACGUUUAAAUGAAGUUCUUUUAAAAUUUCAAGAAACGUCAAAAAGUGUGGAAAAAGAUUUUCAAAUGUUGUCUGAAGAGAACGACACUGCAAUUUACGAAAUCGUGAAAGCAAAAAAGAAAAGCAAAGAACUCAAAAUUCAACUUUUGGAACUGCAAAAAGCAAAACACGAAGAAGAAUUUAAAGCAUUUGCAAACAGUUGGGAAGAAAAAUUAGAGAACAAUGCUGUUGUGCAAAAUGAGAAGAUGAUCAAGAACAAAAAGGAAGAUGAAACAAACAACAGAAUAACUGCUUAUAGUAAUGGUGUAAAUUUAAACAAAAAAGUCGAACUAUUUAAAGAAAUAGAAAAACAUUCAAAGACAACUUUUAAUCGUGUUUUUAAUUUGUAUAAUACUUAUAAUGGAAAUUGCACAAUAAUUAACAACAAAAAUGGUUUAAAGCCAUCUCUUUUCUUGUUUUCAAACGCAAAUAAUCAAUAUUUCGGAGCUUUUGUGACCAAUGGUUACAAACAAUGUGCAAAAUCAUUUUUGUUUAAAAUUAAAGACGAAAACGUUUUUUCUAUGACAUUAAAGAUGGAUUAG